UUGUUACUCAGUCUGUGUUCCGUUCUGAGCAAGGAGCAGGGAAUCACAGUCAUCGGUGUCUGUCUGGUAACUGACUACUUCAUAUACCAGAAGAUGAGUGUCAGCUCAACGGCCCAAUUCCUUAGUUCAAUGUUUAACCCAAAGUUCGCUGUCCCCAAACCUCUACGCCACAUGGCCAAACGAGCGGUUUCAUUGGUAGCAUUC